AAGGAGAAGGCGGGUGAAUGAGCCAGCGGGGGUAGGUUUAGCAAGUUAGGGACAGGCAGAGGGAGGAGAGACCGAGGAGGUUUGGUGUUACUGCGACUGUUUCUCCUGUCAGUCGGCUGCUGCCUGCCUCACUAGCAGGAGGGGAUGCAGAGCAGGAGCCACGCAGAGGUGGAGACAACAAAAGCGGAUGGUCAGCGCUGCGGUUUGUUCCAGCAGCUCCAUUGUCAAAUGUGCACUGUGAAGAGCUGGAUUUGAAUAUUGGACACUGGCCUGCAGAUCCAUGGAUUAUAAACUGAGGGAUGCUGGAGGCUAAUGUGGCUAACAUUAGCAUGACAGCAAAGCCAAGGGAGCUGGACCUCAGGACUCCUGCUGUCUCCAGCCAGGAUUCUUCAGCCCAGUCCAUGGCCUCAAGGAAACCCCCGGCAAAGCCAUCUGCUCUGCCCCAGGGACCUCCACGUCCCCCCAGAUCUGAGCUGAAGGUCUACCGGCCAACUACCGGGUCCAUUCCGAAUCCAGUCCCCAAUCCGUCUAAGCUACGCAAGCAGCGAUCACUUAGCAACUUAUGUGUGCUCACUGAUGCUGAGAAGAAACUGCACCUAUACCAGACUCCCAGGUGGAAUGAUGAUUGCGGUCAGCCUGGUAAUGGCACAUACAAAACAGGGCAGACUAAGACCCAUCAGGCUGUGGGUGGGAAAAUAUCCCUUUCUAGAACACUUUCAAAGUCAGAACAGUCCCUGUUCCAGGGGAAGCCUAAGCCUUUCAACUCCCAAUCUGUGACAUCAAACUUGUGCAAGCCAAGCCGAAUCCCAGCCCCUGGAAAACCACGAGGCCCUUAUGCAGAGGUCAAGCCCAUCAGUAAGACCUCUGUGACAUGUCAGAGUCCAGGACCAGACCUUGCUGAACACCCAGUUAAGGGUAAUUGUUUAGGUGGUACUUGGGAUAAAGACAAAAAACUUGGGGAGAGGGGAAGAUCUGCUCCUGUUUCGAAUGAGGACAAGAAGGAGAGGAAAAUGGUUGAAGGAGAAGACGAUAAGAACUUUUUAAAGGUGGACCCGGAGUUAGUGGUGACAGUUCUGGGGGACCUCGAGCAGCUUCUGUUCAGUCAAAUCCUUGACCCAGAAUCCCAGAGAAAGAAGACGGUGCAAAAUGUUUUGGACCUACGACAUAACCUGGAAGAAACCAUGACCAGCCUGAGAGGGGUACAGCUGAGCCACAGCUGCAUGGAGGGAACCGUGUGCUAUGACAGUGAUGAAGCUGCUGCGUUUUCCAUUUCCAGUCUAUCGAAUCGAUCGUCUCCUCUGUCAUGGCGUCAUGGUCAAGCAAGCCCACGUCUCCAGGCUGGGGACGCCCCAUCCACGGUGGUCAACACCCAAUCGGACCUUCCUCUACGCAUCAGCCAUACUUCUCGCGGCCACCUCAUCGAAGCUCUGGAUGACUCGGAUCCAUCGCUGCUGAAAGGAGAUUACCUCAGCGACAGUGACCUUGGCGGGAAAAGCCCAAAUGAAGAUGAUGUGGAUAUUGAUGAUCUGGAAAAUGGCUGGGACGAGAGCAGCUCCAUCAGCAGCGGCCUCAGUGACGGCUCUGACAACCUGAGCUCUGAAGAGUUCAUCACAAGCCCCACCCUCAACUCGCUUCCUUCCACUCCCGUUGGCUCCCGCAGGAAUUCAGCCAUUGUGAUGCGAACUGAUGCUGAAAAAAGGUCUCUGGUGGAAAGUGGACUUUCAUGGGACAGUAACAAUACUAAACCAAGCCGCAAGAGUCUGGGCAGCAGCACCUACGAUACAGGAAGCCUCAAGUCCGAAUCAGCCAACAAAUGGAAAAAAUCAAGGCUGCAGGUUGACAGUCUUGAAGGAGGAAAGGGCGAACUGAAGAAACCUCAGACACUUGGACACGGGAAUUUGUUAAAGAAAGGAAGAAACCCACCAGUUGGCGUCACCUCACCCAUCACACACACACCUCAGAGUGGGCUCAAAGUGGCAGGUACAGUGAGGACAGAUGGGAAGCCAUCAGAUAAAUCUCGGCUAGCAGUAAAAAACUCCAGUCUUCAACGCUCCUCUUCCGAUGCUGGGAAAGAACCCCAAAAUGGGACUGGUUCUUGUGAACAACGUAAACCUCCUUCAGGUCUUGUCAGGCCCUCAACUGGAGGAAACUUUGGUUUCAAAAAGCCCACACAAAAUAAUAGCAGUUCACACACUGUGAGUGCAGGUGGUAACAUCCCCAAGACGUCUGGUAUACCGGUCAAGCCAGCAGCAAGUGGACGUAAGACAAGCCUCGAUGUCUCUAACAGCGACCAGAGUGGGUUUUUGUCUCCAAAUGCAAGGACAUCACUCCAGUACCGCUCUUUGCCCCGCCCCGCCAAGACAAGCACCUUAACUCUGACUCGACCAAGUUCUGCGCGCCCUAUGAGUACCACAAUGGACGCAGGCUCUGGGUUAGUCAAACCCUCUGUUACAGCCCUUCAUACACAGAGGCUCAAAGAACCUGGACUCAGUUCAGGAACAGGGUUGAGUAAGACAGGCAGCCGUGGGAUUCCAAGUCCUGUUAAUCAAACAGACAGGGAGAAGGAGAAGGAGAGAGCCAAAGCUAAAGCUGUUGUGUCUGACUCGGAGUGUGGAGGUGGCUCUCUGAAGGGAACUGCCUCAGAGAAUGGUGGGAGGUUGAAUAGCCUGAGACCUCCCAGUGGUAGCAAGGGCACAGAUCGGCCCUCAUCCAACUCACACAGAUUAUCUGGAACUCGAAACCUGACAAAACCUCCGUCCAUUGCCCAUCUUGACAAGCUGGACCUGAAAGUUAGCGUUCAGGACUCCUUGCCUCCCAAGAUUCCCCCUUACUCUAAACUUCAAGAACUAGCCAGCUCCACAAACCCCUGCCUUACCCCGAGCCCAGCACCUUUGCUCAAUGUCAACUCUUCGACUUGCUUCUCAGACUCAGGGAUCGGUUUGGGACCCAGGCAAGUCACAUCUCUCGGGGUUGAUGGGAGCACUGGGAGAACCUCUCCCCUGCUCUACCCUCGCCUGUCUGGGCUGCAUCGCAGCAUGGAAUCCCUGCCCUUACAGAUGAGUGUGGCUCCAGAGCUUCAGCAAAGGGGCCGAGAGAAGUUUGUGAGAGGUGGCUACGACCCCAGCGAGUCCAGAGACAAAGAUCGACAUGAAGAUAGAGGCCCUCCCUCUAGCUGGAGGCCUGGAAGUAAAGUAUCCAUGACAGACACAGAUAGUUCUCAUAGGGACAGAAACACCCUCCCAAAGAAGGGUUUAAGUUUUUGCAGUGCUUCUCAGAGUGAGGAUGAUGGGAAGGAGAAAGGAGAGAGGAGACACUCUCAUAGUAUUCUGAGCAUGACCGACACUCUCGCUCUUCCAAUGCUGUCCUCGCCCUCCUCUCUGCCACGCUCCUCCAAGACCAGUGCAGUAUCGAGCCCAGUUGGUGCACCUCCGAGGAUGAUUCGAUCAAACAGCAUCCCAACACAGGAAGCCGCCCUAGAGCCUUAUGGGGUGUCUCCUCUUGGAAGCACGCUGUCUCUGGCUGAACGUCCACGCAGCUUGGGAAUGGUACGUUCCGGAUCCUUCAGGGAGAAGGAGCCGAAUGAUGAAGUUAAUGGGUCUGUAAUCUCCUUGGCAUCCAACGCCUCAUCAUGCUACUCCUCGGUGAGUGCGAGUGCCAUUCAGUCACAGGCAGAGGAAAGGGUUCAGGGGGAGCAAAUCCGGAAGCUAAGGCGAGAACUGGAGUCUUCCCAGGAGAAAGUGUCUAACCUGACCACACAGCUGACAGCAAAUGCAAAUCUGGUGGCAGCUUUCGAGCAGAGUUUAACUAUGAUGACAACCCGCCUGCAGAGUCUGUCAUUUAGUCAUGAACAGAAGGACACAGAGCUGAUUGAGCUGCGGGAGACCAUCGAAUCCCUAAAGUUCAGAAAUGAAGAAGCACAGGCCGUCAUACACGGAGCUUUAAACAACCAAGAUCACAUGAAAGACAUGUGUAUUCGACGUCAGAACUCGUGUGAAAGCAUCUCCAGCCUCAACAGUCUGACCAGUUUGUCGAGUGUGGGCAGCUUGAAGGACCAGGAUGCCAAGAAGAAGAAGAAAAAGAGCUGGCUGAGAAGCUCCUUCAACAAGGCCUUCAGCAUCAAAAAAGGCCCCAAAACUUACUCAGACAUUGAAGAAAUUGCUACUCCGGACUCCUCCGCGCCAAACUCACCAAAGAUGCUUCAUGAGGGAGCAGAUCCAGGAGAGAUCCUGCUGUCAUCUCUCAAAACCUCCAAAUCUGAAACGUCAGCUACGUUCAUGGAGACAGCGGAGGACAGAGAUGGUGUUGAAAGCGCAGUAUCAGAACUCCGCUCAGAGCUCUGGGAGAAAGAGAGAGAGCUUACGGACAUCCGCUUGGAGGCUUUAAACUCCGCUCAUCAGCUGGAGCAGCUGAGAGACGCCAUGGACAACAUGGAGUCAACAGUGGAGAACCUCAAGGUGGAGAAUGACCAUCUAAAAGUCGGAGGUCAGAUCCAUUUCGCAGGCUCUGGCCCCACCUCUUCCACUUCACAGCCAUCAGGGUUGGCCUCCUUCCUGGGACCUUCGCUGAAACAACCCAUGUCCCUCACCAAGUCUUUCAGCCUCAGUCUGAAUGAUUGUAAAGGAUCAGAUGUGUCUCCGGCCAACAUGUUAAGUGUGUCUUCUCAGCUGGAGGAGGUGUGUGUACAAGUGCUGGUGUGCGUGACAGAUCCAACUGAGGAGAACAAACCGCAGCAGGAACACUACCUGGGCUCAGUUUUGGUUGGUGAGAGGACUGAGUGGGCUUAUCUGGACUCCAUUAUUGCCAAGACAUUCAGAGAGUACCUAACUCAGGUUGACCCAACAGCCAGCUUGGGUCUGUCCUGUGAGUCGCUCCACAUGUAUCAGCUGGCCCAUGGUGUGCACAGGGUGAUUGGAGGGGAGAGACCUCACACGUCGCCUUAUAGGUCUCUCAAUGGCAGUCCGACCCCUAUAUUUGUCACUUUGAAAGGUCUCAGAGAACAAAGUGUGGACUCCCUGGUGUUUGAGACUCUUAUUCCAAAGCCGAUGAUGCUGCACUACAUCAGCCUGCUCCUAAAACACAGGCGUCUGGUUCUCUCUGGGCCCAGCGGGACUGGGAAGACUUACUUGGCUCAGCGCCUGGCGCACUACCUCCUGCAGCGCAUCCGCAACGACUCGACCGUGGCGGAUCAUGAGCCCGGUUUCGUUGGAAGCGGCGCCACUGUCACCUUCAACAUGCAUCGUCAGUCUCAAAAGGAUUUGCAGCUGUAUCUGUCCAAUGUUGCCAAUCAGAUCGACAGACAGAGCGGUGGUGAGCUGCCGCUGGUAGUUAUUAUCGAUGACAUCAGCAAUGCGGGCGCCAUCACCGAGCUCAUCAAUGGAGCACUCACCUGCAAGUACCAUAAAUGUCCUUACCUCAUUGGAACCACCAACCAACCUGUGAAGAUGUCAUCUAACCAUGGACUGCACCUUAGCUUCAGGAUGGUGACGUUCUCUAACAAUGUGGAACCGGCUAACGGCUUCCUGCUGAGGUACCUGCACCGUAAAGUUGUGGAAGCCUACCAGAAGCAGGAGCACGAUGCGGAGCAGCACCAGGCCCUCCUCUGCGCUCUGGACUGGGUCCCGCAGCUUUGGUACCACCUCCAUACAUUUCUGGAGAAACACAGCACUUCUGAUUUCCUCAUAGGACCUUGCUUUUUCCUGUCAUGCCCUGUGUCAGUGGCAGAGUUCAGAAAGUGGUUCAUUGACCUGUGGAACCACUCCAUCAUACCGUAUCUGCAGGAGGGAUCCAAGGAUGGGGUCAAGGUGCACGGUCCCAAGGCAGUGUGGGAGGACCCGGUGGAGUGGGUGAGAGGAACCCUCCCUUGGCCCAAUGCACAGCAGGACCAGUCCAAACUCUUCCACCUACCUCCUCCCAGCAUAGGUCUGCUAAGUGAAGAGAAGAAGCCCGCCAAAGACACGCCUGCGCCUAGCACACUAGAUUCUGAUCCACUGAUGAUCAUGCUUCUGAAGCUCCAGGAGUCAGCAAACAGCAUCGAGUCACCUGAGCGAGAAGGCAGCCUGGAUCCGACCCUGCAAGCGACACUCUAAAUUGGAUUGGUCAAUCUGAGAAGUUUGGUCCUGGAGCAACCUGAUUAUUCUAAACAUUCUAUCCAUCAUUGUCUUCCCAUCUUCCAACCAUGGGUGCUUACUUAAUUCAAUGAUGACGGACAUUUACCCAACAGCAGCCAAAAUUGCACUUUAUUUCCUAUUUGUGAUAACUGGACUUGAGGAGAUGCAUCACUUGUCAAAGGAGAAUCCUGCAGUUAUUCAGUUUAUCGGGGGAAACGCCUCACACUCCACAGUGCUACACUUGCAGUGAUGCAUCACCCUGAUCCUGGAUUGUAACUGAGAAAAUAAAGAAGUGCUUGUUUAUUUAACCUACUAUAACGGACACUUCUUGUUGACAUUUUGAAACCUUUUUUGUGAUAGAUGAGGAUUCUGUGGAAAUCUUGAUUUUUUUUUAGGAUUUUUGUACUGACUCAUCUCUUUUAAUCAUCCAUGUAUGGCAAAUAACGUACCUAACACACCAUGGAGUAACAAAACCAACUAGUGCUUCCGCUGUUGCUGCUUUGUUGUUUAGAAUCUGCACAACAAGUGCUUUCUUUCCUUACCGUCCCUUCUCUUUAUAUCUUCAACAACAUGCAUUUUCCCUCCAGAUUAGCAACUGGAAUAACCUCCCCUUUCUUUAGGAUGAUCUUGCAUCUCAACUGUUGCAUACACAAGAAGGAAGCAGUUGGUAGAAUCUUAAACUUCAGGUGCUAAUGUUAAGGAGAGACAUGAUGCCUAUGUUUAUCUGUGCCUGAAUCCCCAACUGGCCUGCAGCUGCCUUUUGAGUUGCUUGAAUCCACCACUCCUGAGGCCUCGAUUUAAUUGUAUGUAUCCCUCUUUUGACCUAAUCCCAGAUUAUAGCAGAGGGUUUGGACCUUUGGUUGGUUGUCAGGUGGAAGGGCUGCUAAAAUGUGAAUGAUUUCAUGAGUGCUUGUAGUUCAAGAAAUGCUAACAUCGCAGAUGUUUGAGAUUAAAUAAUGAUGCAAGUAUUUCCUAUGGUAUCCCAAAGCUUUUACUUUAAUCGGACCUCUUAAGUUUUUGUUUGUUUUUUUACUUUUAUUUUGUUAUUUUCCUCCUCCAAGACACCUUUGUUCCUUAUGCAAAUAUUUGUAAAGAUUUAUUUCUCUUUUGUACAUGAAGUCACUGUUAUAAACACUGUAAAUAGCCAUCUGCGUCUGCGACAGCAAUCACUAAAAACGAUGGAAAUGUAAAGAAAAAUGCUCUUGAAUGCAGAAAAUAUAAUGUGAUUGUUUAUGAUUCUCUUUCUCCAGUAGGAAGAAGGAACACUUGACUUCUAAGUAGGUCAGGUAACGUUUGUAAGGCAUGUCUCUGUAAACGCAUCUCAUGUCUAACAUUGAGCUAUGGACACAAUAAAGUCAUGCCAUUCUU